CCGCAAAUGAAAUGAAAGUAACUCAAGUCCACAAUACAGCAGCAGUGAAGACACACACACCUCAUCCCAACCUACAUCUGUGAGUCCAGACCUUUACUGCAGAGCCUCUGUACAGCCGACAUGUUGGCAGCCAGCAGUCUCAUCUCUGAAGAUCAGUUUCUGUGCUCCAUCUGUCUGGAUGUGUUCACUCAUCCAGUCACCAUACCAUGUGGACACAACUUAUGCAAGAACUGCAUCACAGAACACUGGAAUAUUAACACACAAUGUCAGUGUCCUAUGUGUAAAAAGGUUUUCAACACAAGACCUGAACUGCACAUCAACACAAUCAUAUGUGAGAUGGCUGAUCAGUUCAGACGGUCAGCUGUAAUGAAAACCAGCAGCAGCUGCUCAGAGCAACAACAAGCCAAGACAGAAGAAGUUCUUUGUGACGUCUGCACUGAAACCAAACUGAAGGCCCUGAAGUCCUGCCUGGUGUGUCUGACCUCCUACUGUGAGACUCACCUGGAGCUUCACCAGAACAUCACAGGCAUGACCAGACAUAAGCUGAUUGAUCCUGUGAAGAACCUGGAAGACAGAAUGUGUAAGAAGCAUGAUCGACCUCUGGAGCUGUUCUGCAAGACUGAUCAGAUGUGUGUGUGUCUUUCCUGUGCUGAGACAGAUCACAAGCUUCAUCAUAUUGUUACUUUGUUAGAAGAAUGUGAAGGAAGGAAUGCUGAGCUGGUAAAGAAAAAGACUGAAGUUCCACAGAUGAUCAAGGAGAGACGACUGAAGAUUGAGCAGAUCAAACAGUCAGUGAAGCUCAGCAAGGAAGAUGCAGACAGAGAGACAGCAGCCAGUGUGCAGGUCUUCAAUGAUCUGAUAAAGUCUGUUGAGAGAAGUCUGGCUGAACUUAUUGAGUUGACUGAAGAGAAACACAAAACAGCAGAGAAACAAGCUGAAGGCUUCAUCAAAGAACUGGAAGAAGAAAUAUCUGCAUUGAUGAAGACAAGUGCUGAAGUGGAGCAUCUUUUACUCACUGAAGACCAACUCCAGCUCCUCCAAAGCUUCCCAUCCCUGAACCCUGCUCCACCCACCAAAUACUGGACAGGGGUCAGAGUUCACUCAUCAUUUAAAGAGACUGUAAGGAGAGCUGUGAAUCAGCUAGAGAUGACACUCUCUAUAAGGAUGAAGAACAUGUGUGCUGCUGUUGAGCUGAAGAGGGCCCAGCAGUAUGCAGUGGAUGUGACUCUUGAUCCUGAUUCAGCACAUCCUAAUCUCAUCCUGUCUGAUGAUGGGAAACAAGUCAGUCAUGGUGAUGUAAAACACAAUCUUCCAGACAACCCAGAAAGAUGUUUUCCUGGUUUGGCCGUCAUAGGAAAGCAAAGUUUCUCUUCAGGAAAAUUUUACUAUGAGGUUCAAGUUAAAGACAAGACUGAUUGGACUUUAGGAGUGGUUAGAGUGUCGAUUAACAGGAAGAGAAACAUUGACCCACGCCCUGCAAAUGGCGUUUGGACUAUAAGUCUCAGAAAUGGAUGUGACUAUAAAGCUUUUGAUGACACCCUUGUUCCUCUCUCUCUGAAGUCAAAGCCUCAGAAGGUGGGGGUGUUUGUGGAUUAUGAAGAGCGUCUGGUCUCUUUCUACAAUGUAGAUGCUGCAGCUCUUAUCUACUCCUUUACUGGAUGUAAAUUAAUGGAAGAACUCUGCCUGAUCUUUGGUCCUCGUACUAAUAAUGGUGGUAAAAACUCCGCCCCCCUGAUCAUCUCUCCUGUCAAUCACACUGAUUAGAUGAGACAAGAAGAGUAUAUUUGUAUAGCACUUAUGGUAUAUUUUAGUUAAUUACAUUUAUAUACUUUAUAUUGCUUAUAUUUUGUACUUAUGUUGCUUAGAUUCUGCACUUUUUAUCACUGAUAUUUUAUAUUUCUGUCUUAUUUAUUCUUUGUAAAUAUCUGUAAAGUAACUAUGUGUGAAGUCUUAUAUACAAAUGCACCAUCUGAGAUUGAUGCAAUUGUGAUUUCUUUGUGCUUGCAUAAUGACAAUAUAGUUCUUCAAUUCUUGAAAUAAAAAGCUCAAAUUAUCUGUAACUGACAUGCUACAGCAUUAACAUGUUGCUCAUAUGUAAAUACAUUAAUGCACCAAUAAUCACUCUGAAAGAAGCCAUUAGCAUGAGUAAAUGCAGGACUUUUGCUUGCAAUAACAUUUUUACUUUGCGAUAUUGUUACUUUUACUUAAGAAUCUGGACACUUCCACAACUGGUUAUUGUCAUGGGCUGUAAGCCUCCGUCAUGGCCACAAGAGUGGUCAUAUUUCUAUACAACCACACAGGUGCCAUUCAACAUGCUGAUACUUUCACACUGGUUAGUUGUAUUUUUG